ACCGAAAAUAUAUUUCCGUUUUUCCCUUCCCUUCUUAAAGACGAACGCUCUCUCUUCUUCCUCUUCGUCUUCGUCUUCGUCUUCUCUCGAAUGUUAUGAAACAAACCCAGAACGAUUCUCGAUUCACCCAUUCUUAAUCCUCUCCAGAUUCACCCAAAGUUCGAAUCUUUUCGUCAAAAUAUGUUACCGGAGUCCUGGAAAGACCAGCUGAGCCUGGUCUCGGCCGAUGACUACCAGAUCAUGGGCAACCGGAUCCCCAAUGCCGUCACGAAGCUUCCGGGUCUCGAGACCAUCGACGGAGACGGCGGAAACGGCGGCGCGUGGGUCUCAAAGCCGAGACGCAUCGUGGUAACCAACCAGCUCCCGAUUCGCGCUCACAGAGACAUUUCGUCGAACGAGUGGCGCUUCGAGUUUGACAAUGACAGUCUCUACCUACAGCUCAAAGACGGGUUCCCUCCGGAGACUGAAGUCUUCUACGUCGGAUCCUUAAACGCCGACGUUUCGCCAUCCGAGCAGGACGACGUCUCUCAGCACCUUCUAGAGAAGUUCCAGUGCGUCCCUACCUUCUUGCCCAGUGACUUGCUCAACAAGUAUUACCACGGCUUCUGCAAACACUACCUCUGGCCCAUCUUUCACUACCUCCUCCCCAUGACUCAGGCCCAGGGAUCCCUCUUCGACAGAGCGAACUGGAAGGCCUACACCAAGGUCAACAAGAUCUUCGCUGAUAAGAUCUCGGAAGUGCUUAACCCGGACGAGGAUUACGUCUGGAUCCACGACUACCAUCUCAUGAUCUUACCUACUUUCCUCAGGAAGAGGUUUCACCGCAUAAAGCUUGGGUUUUUCCUCCACAGCCCAUUCCCUUCCUCCGAGAUUUACCGUACCCUUCCAGUGAGAGACGAGAUCCUCAAAGGGUUUCUCAACUGCGACUUGAUAGGGUUCCACACGUUCGACUACGCUAGGCAUUUCUUGUCUUGUUGUAGUAGGAUGCUUGGUCUUGAUUAUGAGUCGAAGAGAGGGUACAUUGGUCUUGAGUACUUUGGGAGGACGGUGAGCAUCAAGAUUUUGCCGGUUGGGAUCCACAUGGGGCAGAUUGAGUCGAUUAAGGUCGCGGAAGAGACUGCGGAGAAAGUGAAGGGGUUGAGAGAGAGGUUCAGAGGGAAUGUUGUGAUGCUUGGUGUGGAUGAUUUGGAUAUGUUCAAAGGUAUUAGUUUGAAGUUCUGGGCGAUGGGGCAGCUUCUUGAACAGAACAAAGAGCUUCGUGGGAGAGUGGUUCUGGUGCAGAUUACUAAUCCUGCUCGGAGUUCAGGUAAGGAUGUUCAGGAUGUGGAGACGCAGAUACACUUGAUUGCUGAUGAGGUGAAUAGUAAGUUUGGGGGACCUGGUGGUUAUAAGCCUAUUGUGUUUGUGAAUGGACCUGUUAGUACUUUGGAUAAAGUAGCUUACUACGCUAUCUCGGAGUGUGUUGUGGUGAAUGCUGUGAGAGACGGGAUGAAUCUGGUGCCUUACAAGUACACAGUGACUAGGCAAGGGAGCCCUGUUUUGGAUGAAGCGUUAGGUUUUGGGCCUGAGGAUGUUAGGAAGAGUGUCAUUAUAGUUUCUGAGUUCAUUGGUUGCUCUCCAUCUCUGAGUGGGGCGAUACGUGUUAAUCCGUGGAACAUCGAUGCGGUCACUGAUGCCAUGAACUCUGCCAUCACAAUGUCGGAUAUAGAGAAGAACUUGCGCCACAAGAAGCAUCACAAGUACAUAAGCUCUCACGACGUGGCCUACUGGUCGCGUAGCUACGACCAAGAUCUUCAGAGGGCGUGCAAGGAUCAUUACAACAAGAGGUUCUGGGGAGUUGGACUCGGUCUUGGGUUCAGGGUUGUUGCGUUAGACCCGAACUUCAGGAAACUCGGUGUUGAAACCAUAGUCCCUGCGUAUAAGAAAACAAGCAGCAGGUUGAUUCUAUUGGAUUAUGAUGGAACAAUGAUGGAUCAGGAUACUUUGGAUAAGAAGCCAAGUGAUGAUCUCAUCUCGCUUCUCAACCGUUUGUGUGGCGACCCCAACAAUCUAGUCUUUAUUGUCAGUGGUCGAGGUAAGGACCCUCUUAGCAAAUGGUUUGGUUCUUGCGCAAAUCUCGGUAUCUCAGCUGAGCAUGGUUAUUUCACUAGAUGGAACAGUGAUUCCCCAUGGGAGACAAGUGUACUGCCCACCGAUUUAGGGUGGAAGAAGAUAGCUGAACCAGUGAUGAAACACUACACAGAAGCAACUGAUGGAUCAUUCAUAGAGGAGAAAGAGAGUGCAAUGGUGUGGCACCACCAAGAAGCUGACCCUUCUUUCGGUUCUUGGCAAGCUAAGGAGCUUCUUGAUCAUCUAGAGAGCGUACUCGCCAACGAGCCUGUUGUUGUCAAGAGAGGCCAGCACAUCGUAGAAGUUAAACCUCAGGGAGUAAGCAAAGGAAAGGUGGUGGAGCAUUUGAUAGCAACAAUGAGGAACAGCAAAGGGAAGAGACCGGACUUUCUGUUGUGCAUUGGUGAUGACAGGUCGGAUGAAGACAUGUUUGAUAGCAUAGUGAAGCACCAAGAUGUUUCCCCAAUCGCUUUUGCAGAGGUGUUUGCGUGCACGGUGGGUCAGAAACCGAGCAAGGCCAAGUACUAUCUCGAUGAUACGCCAAUGGUGAUCAAUAUGCUGGAAUGGUUGGCCUCAUCCUCAGAUAAGUCAAAGGAUGGUGAACAACAGAGCAAGUUCACUUUUCAACAGGGGCAUUGUCGAAACGAAAUCAUAGAUCUUUGAAAAGGGGUUUGUUUUUAGAGAUUUCAUGUUGUGAAAUUAAAAAAAAAAAGGAUGGUAGGAUUUGAUAUCAUGAAAGGGUUCUUUUAGGGUUUGGUUAUUAUGCCUUUGUACAGAGUAUCUUGAAACUGGUCCAAUUUGGGAGGCUUUGCCCCCUAUGUGAGAUGCUUAUACAUAGAAAAGGAAAUAGAUAUGCUAUGAAAUUCAUUUCAA